CACCAAAGUCCUCAUCACUGCCACUGUCUCAGAUGGGACCAGUACUAUGUGCAAUCCAGGUUGCUCAGAGGCAAGAAGCUGUGAGGCUGCAGGAGGCACAAUGCCAGAUCCAGAACCAACCGGUAGCUCAGGGUCAGAUCAACUGGCGGAGGAAGAAGAGAGAAAGCGUUUGGGGAACAAGGAGCAGCAGGAACUCAGAGGAAGCACAGCUGAGGUUCUGAUUGAAAUACCUGAAAAACAAAGUAAAAUGGGAGAAGAUGGUUCAACAGAAGUCGACUCUUGUUCUGCCAUCAUUUUUUACACAAAACAGGAGAGUGAAAACCAGGAUGCCAUCAAUGCUGCCCUUCUUCUGGCCAAUAGUGUGACCAUGACAAGAGACGAGAAGAAGGAGAAAACUAGUGAAGCAGUGGGUGGUGAUGGAGCUAAAGAAGCAGACACCCAGUCAGGAGGAUUUAACUGGAGCUCUGUGGAGCUUUGUGAGGCUGCAGUGACACCCAGUGUGUCAGAGAGGAAAGACAAUUGUGAUCCUGAUGACGAACUUUCUGCUGGUUCUUCCACUAUGAACGCUGAGAACACUCAGACCAGAGACACUGGCAGCCCAUCUGGAUGCUUGGAUUACGUGUCGGACUCGCAGCUGAACACCAUCAUUUUGAUUGAGGAGAAGAUGAUGGAGAAAGAACAGUCUGAUUCCUCAAACAGCCAUGAAGAUGCUUCAGACCUGAUCUCUGGACUCAUCAGAGAACUUUCUUCUCUGAAUCAAACGGUCAUGGCUGCUCAUCGAGAGCUGGAGAACCUGCGCCGUGGCAGCAAAAAUUCAAGGAGCUCCAAACACUGAGGAUUUCCAUCCUGUGCUUGACAUCCUGAUCUUGAUAGGUUGCCCCAAGUGUUCAUGGGUAAAGAAGGCACUUUUUAAAAUAUUUUAUAUUUUCACUCAUCAAAGCUGGAGUGUUCAGUUUAAUUUUUUUGUUCUGGUUG